AUGAGGUUGGCUGGUAUCCUCUUAGUUGUUGCAUUUUUGUUAGUUAUCUUGGCUAUCUUAAUUGCCCCUGAAAAGCCCGAAAGAAAACCUUCUGUCCUUCCUAUAAUCUUUGAAAAUAAGAUAAAAGAACUUCAAUCUUCUUUCACUAACCAAACUGACCGGUUUUGGAGGAUCCUAAAGAACCGUGGCUUGGCACAUCUCAAUAAUGCCAGUCCGUCUCAGCCACUUGUAUUGUUACUUGCUGCACCCCCAGCUGCUCACAGUAUGGUGGACUGCUUUGCCAAGAAGCUUGCAGAAGGGUUAGAUCCAGAAUACAAGAGAAUGUUAGCAACGAUUGAUGGAAGAGAAGAAAGGAGUUACCAUGGUGAAGAUACCAAGAAAAAGAUGGAUGAUAUACUAAAAAGAAAGUUUAUGGAUGGCCACAGAGCAGUGCUUGUUCGUCACCUUGAGCUCCUUCCACCACCAUCACCCCUGUUGUUUUACUCAUAUUGUGAUGAUCAGAAUGCACCGUAUAAACACGUGGCAAUCAUCUUCACUGUCCACUUGCCUGUCGAGCCAGAUGCAUCUUUAGAACCCAAAGAAGCAGAGAGAACAGUUGAGAAGUACCUUGCUGACAAAGUUUGGGCAAAAGAAAAUAAGGAUGCAGUAGCUGAUCUUUUGAUCCGAGUUACAGACACAGUGGCUCUUAUGAAUGGUGAACCUAGUAGUUUAGAUACUUGUUAA